AUGGCGGCGUCUUCCAGACAAACGCUCAUUGAAUCGCCCCAUGGAAUGGAAAUCGACCUGGAAGACCUUUCUCGCCAAACCAGCCCUCCCGCUGAUGGCAGAAAUCGGCCCUACCAGCAACAGAGCCGAAGACUGGCUAUGUGGAUGGCAGAAAAUAUUAGGAUGGAUUCAUGGCGCGGCACAAGCUCGGACAAGGUCAUUGAAAACCUCUGCGGCCACGAGGCACUGAAGAAGUACUAUCGCAAAAUUGCCCGACGACCCAACCUUCACACAGUCGAACGAAUCCUUAUGUACAAAGCUACUAAUGCGGAUGAUCUUCACUUCGCCAAACAUGAUACCUGGGCUGCGUGUUUUGAGCGGAUCCUGUCUACUGAAGAGAUAAAUGACACCGCUGUCUUCGAAGUCUGUGUCAUUUCCACCGAUACAAUGAACCUCGGCAGUGCGUUCUCUUUCAUUGACAAGGCAUUUCUGACUUCUUAUGACCGCCGUCAGCAAGCGUACUCUUCACUAAGUGAAAUAAUCAUACGGAUAUUCCAAAGUCAGUGGAGGCUAGAUGAUGAAAUCAUGGCCAGCAUUAUGGAAAGCUUGCACGCAAAGGAGCUUUGUCUCUCAUCAUGGCGUCCGAAAUUACCAUCCUAUGAAGACCAUACACCUUUUAACAUUGCUCCUGACAUGCCGUUGAAAUUUGAAUUCAAAUGGAUUCCUGCCCCUCAUUACGCGACUGACCUUUCAGUCUACGUGUUUCGGCCGUAUGGAAAACAUCCCCAAGUGGAGACCCUAGAUGUCAUCUUAACAUCAAGUCAAUUCGAGCAGUUGAGACGGGCAAUUGUGGUUGUGAACUCUCAUAAUACCCUUACUAAGCUGCGAAGUGGCAAGUUCUCCACACAGGUUCUAGAGCACAACACAUUUAGUCUUUCUUACAUCCUCCACCUCUUUGCGGCCGUGUGUUCGGAGGUCUCCACUGAGCUAGUUGCUUUCACAACUCGAGCGACCGAAGAGAUUAAUUACAUGGUUUAUGAGGGACGACUUCGACCCUCUGGGAGCAAAAUACAAUACCUCCAACAUCUAGAGGAUUGCCAUAUUGUUGCAAAAGAUUGCUGCAAAGAAAACGGAAUCAGCUUGAAGUUAUUACUUGACAAAGUAAACUCUAUUCAAGGUCCUCGUAGCGACGACGAGGCGAAACAGAUUAGUCAUCUUGAAUUGGUGCUGAAGGAUCUAGAAUACCUACACGAUGAAGUUGAAUCAUCUUUAAUAAGAGCAUCGGAUUUAUGUCGCGAUCUCCGACAGAAUCUGGACCUUCUCCAAGUCCAUCGCACUAGUCUCUUAGGCAUUCUUGCUGCACUAUACCUGCCUCUUUCAUUUGUGACUAGCUUCCUGGGCAUGAAUCUCAACCAGUACACACCCCUUCAACCAUUUUGGCACAACGUCACGGUAGUCGAUGGGACGAAUUCAAACGAACUUAUCGUGGACUCUGGAGGCAAUCAAUCAUGGUCUCUAGACGACUUUUUCGAGAUUGCAAUGCCCCUCAUGGUUGGAACUAUAUUUAUCCCACUUGUUAUUGGAAGCAUUAUCCGCAUAACUUUACAAGGGCUUGCUCGUGGACGGAUCUGGUGGCGUCUUUUCUUUGCCACUAUUGUUGUCAGGUUAGAUAUUAUGAAGUCAAUGAUCAAAGAGCGGAGACUUGCUAACGAACCUUCUAUAGCUAUUCGAUUGUGA